AUGGAAACUAAAAUGAGAGAAAUGAACAUCAAACCUAAAUUCGUGUCAUUAAUAAUGGAGUUAUUAAGAAACAGAGAGACUUUUGUCAGAUAUAACGGGCGUCUAUACGGGCCCAGACUAGCCAACAUAGAGCUCCCGCAAGGAUCAGGAUUAAGCCCCAUAUUCUUCAACCUAUAUACAUAUGACCUAAAGGAAGUGGUGAAAGAACCUGUGUGUGCACUGCAAUAUGCGGACGACAUAGCCCUCUAUGUAAUAGAUAAAGAUUGGGAGAAAUGCAAGGAAUACAUGAGCAACAGUGUAUUACAGUUGGAAGAAUGGCUAAAAUACAAUGGAUUGGAAUUGGCACACGAAAAAUGGGUAGUGAUGCAAUUUAGUAGGCAUAGGAAGUAUGAUCAUAUUGGAGACAUUCAGCUGGGCAAACACAAGUUUCCAGUUAUGGAUGAACAUAAAAUUCUUGGAAUAACAUAUGACAAAAAAAUCAAAUUUAAGAGCCAGAUAUUAAACAUAUGCAGAAAAUGUGAGAAGGGGAUAAAUAUAUUGAAGACAAUUUGCAAUAUGAAAUGGGGAGCGCAUCCGGCAAUUUGUCUAAACAUAUAUAAAGCAUUGAUAAGGUGUCAUCUAGAUACCAUUAGCUUUAUGAGUAAAAAUCUCACCAAACGAGAUAUAGACAAAUUGAAUAAAAUUCAAUACUCAGCCAUACGAAUUUCAUUAGGUGCGCUGAAAUCCUCUCCAAUAAAUACACUAUUAGCAGAGUCCGGAGAAUUACCUCUAGAAUCAAGGUGGGAAAUAAUAUCAAAAAGAUAUUUAAUAUCGAAGGUAAGCAGAAACGACGAAAUAGUGUUACAAACAUUGAAUAAUGUAAAGGAUUUAUGUGAGGGAACUACAUAUUGGAGCAGAAAAGAAAACCCGAUCUUAGUGAGUAGCUACCUAUGGAUAAAUAAAUAUAAACAGUUAAUAGCGCAAGAUCUAGAUUGCCAAUUCCGCUAUCCUUUGGAAUAUAAGUGGGUAAACCAAAACAACAUAAUAAUAGAUAAAACUACUGACAAUCCUUUGAUACAAAGAGAAAAUAUGAACUUUAUAUUCAAACAGGAAAUAAAUAAAACACAUCCAAAUUACACACUUAUUUUCACGGAUGGAUCAAAGAAAGAAUGUGCUGGUUGUGCCGUGUAUGUACCCCGACUCAAUAUAGAACAGAAAUAUAAAUUGCCCAAAAGUGCUUCUAGUUUCACUGCCGAGAUGACGGCCAUCAAAAUAGCAAUAAAUAUAAUAGAAGAAGAAAAAAUUACAAAGAGUGUUAUUCUAUCUGACUGUAAAUCAGCUCUAGAAGCUAUAAAAAGAACUUUAGAAAAAGCUAAUAAAAUAGUAUAUGAAAUAAUAGAUAAAACUAUGAGUCUAAGAAGGAAAGGAUUUGACCUAAAAUUCAUGUGGAUAAAGGGACAUGCGGGAAUAACCGAAAAUGAAAAGGCGGACGAGCUGGCCAAAGAGGGAUGUUAUUUGGGAACCGAAAUAAGCAGCCUUCUAUCAGCAGAUAUCAACAAAAUAGUCAUGAAAGAACAAAGAGAAAAAUGGCAAAGUAUAUUUGACAACAUUAGUCAAAGAAAAGGGAAAAUAUAUCGGGAAAUAAAUUCAGAUAUGCAUUCGAAACCGUGGUUUCAAAAGAUAACAGAAAACUGUAUGCACAUCACUACCGUCAUAAGAAUGCGAAUUGGACACACAAAAAAUAGAUCAUUUCGACUACGAGAUGGAAUAUCGAGGUUCGAAGAGUGCGACUGCGAAGAGGGAGGGCCUGAAAAUACGGAUCACAUUGUUUUUCGAUGCAAGAAAUAUACAACACAAAGAAAAGCGUUUUACCAACGCCUAGAACAAAAAAAUAUAGUUUUUACAACGAAUACGACAAUAAUAUUAGCUAUGAAAAACAUGAGUAUAUAUAAAGAUGUAACCAAAUAUUUAUUUGAGUGCCAAAAAUAUUUAUAG